CAGACAGCUAUAUAUAAGCACAGGAGCUGGUUAGAUGGAGUAGCUGGGAUCGGUGAGAGAGAUUAUGGCGGGGUGAUCAUGAUUAUUCAUAUUUAGAAUUUUUGAUUAUUGGAUUUUCUGCUGCCUCUGAUGUUGUUCAUGCUUUGGCGUCGCAUACACACUACAACAAGGUUCAAUAGCGACGGACCUUCCACAUCUCAACACGUACGUUGUUCCAAUGGCUCUGCGAAAGGUCGAGAUCUGGGCCCCCGGUGGGUUAUGACGCUAUGCCGCCCCAGACCCAGAGGGACCCAACGUCUUAAAGGCGGGAUUCAUUGUGACAGGCGUGGGGGGAGAAAAUCCGCGCGAACUUUCAUUCCUCGUCCAGGACGAAUUAAAUUCGACGGCCCUAUGGAUUCUUGCCCUGUCAUUUCUGCGGUGAGACUGAUCGGAUUCCACAUAUAUCUUCUUUUUUUUUUUUUCUUCUUUUUUCUGUUCGACCUUUCUUCUUCUUCGGGGCUGUUUCCGUCUCCUUUGUGUGGUGUGGUUAAGUUUGAUAGUAAAAAGUGGAUGGCUUUGUUUUUGGUGCCCGGAGAAAAGUGGAGAGAAGGACGGGAGGGGAAGACUAGAGUGGGGUCACUAAUCAUGCUCUUCCACUCGUCCCUGGAUCCCGGUCCCGUGAUCCCUGAACUGCCUGAGGCCGCACAGGAAAACAAAUGCCCCUCCUUGCGCGCUUCAUUUGCGAUGAUCAUUCCAGCUCCCAUACGCGGAUUGUCACCCUACAUUGCAUCUGGCCCCAACCAAUGAUUUGUCCUCGAUGAGAUCCAAGUUUACCCGACAACCGAAUGACAACUGGCAGUUGAACGCUAAUGUACAUCAGACCAUGCCUUUAGCAACAUAAC